AUGAGCUGCACGGCGGCGGCAGCUCUUCGCCCCUCGGAGCUGGAAAUGCAACUCUUGGGAUCUUCGGAGGCUACCGAGCUGGAGGCGGAGGCGGCUGGGGAGACGCGGAACUGCGCCCCGACGGCUACCGGCCGUUUGCGGGGGACAAAAGAGCCGGAGUCCGGCGUCCCGUCGGUCCUCCCCGCCAGGUCUCCGCGACCGUUGCUGGGGUCGCCGUCUAAACCCCUUUGGUGGCUUGUCGCCUCCUUGUCCCGGAGCCGGCCCCGGGCCGACGUGCCAGGUCUCCUCACCUCCUGUGCUUCUUGCCCAUUAAUCAUCGGAUUUGUCACCGAACACUACAAACAUCACUGGUUCCCAGAAAAGCCGUGCAAGGGAUCAGGUUACCGUUGUAUUCGCAUCAACCACAAGAUGGAUCCUCUGAUUGGACAGGCAGCCCAGCGGAUUGGACUGAGCAGUCAAGAGUUGUUCAGGCUUCUCCCAAGUGAACUCACACUCUGGGUUGACCCCUAUGAAGUGUCCUACCGGAUUGGAGAGGAUGGCUCCAUCUGUGUGCUGUACGAAGCCUCACCAGCAGGAGGCAGCACUCCAAACAACAGCUCCAACGUGCAAAUGGUAGACAGCAGAAUCAGCUGUAAGGAGGAACUUCUCUUGGGCAGAACAAGCCCUUCCAAAAACUACAAUAUGAUGACUGUAUCAGGUUAAGAUAUAGUCUAUGGAUGGAUCAUCUUAUAAUGGAUGGAUAAAUUUGAUUUUUUGCUUUGGGUGGGCUCCUCUUGGGGAUGGAUUAUGGAAUUUAAACCAUGUCACAGCUGUGAAGAUCUGGCACAAGAUAGAGUGGUAAUAAUUUUUUUGUUUUUUUUUUCUCUUUUUUAAGGGACAGUGCCAUAGCUUGGACAGUACCUUUCAGUGAUUUCAAUUAGCCUGUGAGUCUAAGGAAGGAUCACUUUGUUUGCUAGGGAGUGAAGUCACAGGGUGGUUUCAGUCUCUCUCCCAGACCUUAUACCCAGUUUGUCACAUCGGUCCCUUUAAGGAAAAUCUGUCUUUCGAAGAACCUUCCCCUCCAGUCGAUCUUGCAGGGGAACUUGCACUAUUACACUUGAAAGUUAUCAGUAACUUUUUUGGCAGCUCAAUAGGAAAGCUCAGUGCUUUAAGCAUGGUAGUACUGGAAAUUUUACACAGACUUUUACCUAGCACUUAACAUGUAUAAAUGUACAUAAAGACUUACUAGUGCGCAUGACCCGGGAAAAUGGUCAGACCUUGUAUUGUGGUUUUUGGCUUUGAAAGUAGCAAGUGACCAGAAUCUGCCGUGGCAACAGGCUUUUAAAAGACCCUUAAAAAAAAGACACUGUCUCAACUGUGGUUGUUAGCACCAGCCAACUCUCUGUACAUUUGCUAGCUUGUAGUUUUCUAAGACUGACUAAACUUCUUAUUUUUAGAAAGUGGAGGUCUGGUUUGUAACUUUCCUUGUACUUAAUUGGGUAAAAGUCUUUUUUCCACAAACCACCAUCUAUUUUGUGAACUUUGUUAGUCAUCUUUUAUUUGGUAAAUUAUGAACUGGUGUAAAUUUGUACAGUUCAUGUAUAUUGAUUGUGGCAAAGUUGUACAGAUUUCUAUAUUUUGGAUGAGAAAUUUUUCUUCUCUCUAUAAUAAAUUGUUUCUUAUCUUGGCAUUUUAA